AUGGCGAUUGGAAGUACUGUUGGGGUUGAAAAUGGAAAGACUGAUUCUGUACCAGAAAGUUUCAUUCCAGGAGGUAUGACACCAGAAAAUGGAGUAAUAAGUAGAGAAAAAACUGGAGAAAAUCGUGUCCGAAGAAAUGUUCACGAUGCAACACUUAGUCAUGCUAUUACAGAGCCUGAAGCUGAUAACGAGAACACUGAAGAAAGAGAUGCAAAUAUGGCUACUGUGCUAGCUAAGUAUGAAAAUUAUCUUCUUGAAAGGGUCAAGCAUCAGUUAGGUUACCCUGAGAAUAUGGACUUGGAUCAUGUUACUCCUCUUGCUUGGCUUCAACGUUUCCAUCUCAACAAUUGUGGUGAUCCCUUUACUAAGAGCAACUUUGGUCUCAAUUCGCAACAGUUCGAAUUGGGUGUGUUAGACUGGUUUGCUCAACUCUGGGAAAUCGGUAACUAUGAAUAUUGGGGUUACAUUACAAAUGGUGGUACAGAAAGCAAUCAUCAUGGUAUCCUUAUGGGGAGGGAGCUUUAUCCUGAGGGAGUUUUAUACGCAUCGCAAGAUUCACAUUAUUCUGUCUUUAAAUCUGCACGAAUGUACAGAAUGGAAUGUGUUAAAGUUGAUACCCUUACCAAUGGGGUAAUUGAUUGUGCCGAUUUCAAAGCUAAACUACUCCAGAACAACGACAAACCAGCUAUCAUAAACGUCAAUAUUGGAACGACUGUUAAAGGAGCUGUUGAUGAUCUCGACCUGGUUAUAGCAACCCUUAAGGAAGCUACUUUCUCAGAAGAUAGAUUUUACAUUCACUGUGAUGGGGCGCUAUCUGGGAUUAUGAUGCCAUUUAUCGAACAUGCUCCAAAAAUCUCAUUUAAGAAGCCAAUAGGGAGUGUUAGUAUUUCUGGCCACAAGUUUAUUGGUUGUCCAACACCUUGCGGUGUUCAGAUAACAAGGUUGGAUCAUAUCAAUGCCAUGUCAAGGUAUGUUGAAUACAUUGCGUCCAUGGAUGCUACAAUCACGGGAAGCCGCAAUGGUCAUGCCCCAGUCUUCCUGUGGUACACCCUGAACACUAAAGGUUAUGGAGGUCUUCAGAAAGAAGUCCAAACAUGCUUCAGGAAUGCCCAUUAUCUGAAAAACCGUUUACGUUCCGAAGGGAUAAGUGUAAUGCUUAAUGAGCUCAGUACUACUGUUGUAUUUGAGAGGCCAAAAGAUGAAGAGUUUGUUCUUCAUUGGCAACUUGCUUGUCAGGGCAACAUUGCUCAUGUUGUGGUUAUGCCCCAUGUCACUAUCAAGAUACUGGAUGACUUCUUGAAUGAUCUGAUCGUGAAACGCUCGAUUUGGCUCCAGGAUGGAAAGGUUCAACCUACUUGUGUUUCAGUAGAUAUCGGAAAGGAAAAUUGCGCUUGUCCUCAGCAUAAAUGAAGCUCUUU